AGAGAUUUUUUCGUAUAUCCAUGCUGAAUUAUUAAAUUCUAUAGAUGAAAGUCAUUGGAUGGAUCAUGUAACUCAAAUAAUCGCAAAAUAUAAGGCCAAUGCAAUAACACCAUAUGUUGGAUAUCCGAACGAACUCCUCGAUGACGUUAUCAUGUCCAAACUGUACGUUGGUUUAAACCUUACGAAUGAGGGCUAUUUUGAUAAAGCUUUGAAAGUGCGCAAAUGGUCAACUGACAAUUAUUUCUCGAAAUAUAGGGAAAAAAAUGCAGAAAAAGAUUGGAAAACACAUGCAAACGCAAUUUCUACUGAGUACUCUUACAACAACAAAGAUAACAGUAUAGCAUUUCCUGCGGGAAUUUUACAACCUAUCUUUUUCUACAAAAAUGGACCCAAGAAUCUGAAUUUUGGAGCUCUUGGUUCUCUGAUUGGUCAUGAAAUUACGCAUGGUUUCGAUAAUAAAGGUCGAAAAUAUUUUGUAAAUGGCAAGCGUUUUGACUGGUGGAGCUUUUUCGCAAGAAAUACCUUCGAGGCGAAAACCGAGUGUAUCAUAGAUCAGUAUAAUACUUAUUUAAAUUAUAAGGAUCCGAAAAAUAACGUUGAUAUUAUGGUAGAUGGGAAUAAGACGCACGUAGAAAAUCUAGCUGAUAGUGCAGGUCUCAAACUUGCUUAUCGGGCUUAUCAAACGUGGGUAAAACACCACGGGGGCGACUUAAAACUGCCUGGAUUAAAGUAUAACCAGAAUCAAUUAUUUUGGAUAAGUGCAGGACGUGCACUCUGUGGGGAAGCAAAUCUAGAUUAUAUUAUGAAAGGGGGCAGCAAUGGACAGUACUUUCUGCCAGAGGCAAGGUUAAAUGGACAAAUAUCCAACCUCGAAGAGUUUUCCAAGGAUUUUAACUGUGCACCGAAUCAAUUCAUGAAUAGAAACGAUAAAUGCCAGAUUUGGUAGGAAUGCCAAAUAACUCAUAUCAGCGUUUUCUUACUGUUUUGGUAUACUUGUUGAAAAUGCUACUACACUGAAUUCACCUUAGUUGCAACCAUAGCAUAUCUAUAAUAAUAAAAGCAAGUGUAAUG